AUGAGCAGUGAAUCUCCUGAAAGUUCUUGCUCGGAACGGAGAAGCUCCACAGUGUGCCAUCUCUGUCGACAGCGCAAGACGAAAUGUGACAGACGGCUCCCAGACUGUUCUUUCUGCGUCAAAGCAAAAGCCCAUUGCCAAUAUGUGACCAAGACGAAGAAGCGUGGCCUCCGUGCUGGGUACGUUUCACAACUCGAAAAUCGCCUGGAGACCCUGGAACGAGAAGUCGAGAAGUUCAAGCAAGAACGAACAACGUCCUCGACGACAACCCCAAAUCCCAUCCUCAGCCCAACCCUUGCAGCGACAUCCUCCACCCAACCUACCGGUGUAUCACCACAGCCAAACUCCAUCUCCCACACUCCGUCCGUCUCCCACGUCGAGCCACUGAAAUCCAAUAGCCCGCAGGCAGAAUCAGAUGCUGCUGUUGCAGACUUAACGACUCUAUCGCAUGCGUAUCUUCAUACGUUGGCCGACUCCUGGUUCAAGGAAACCCAGCCAUGGUACCCUAUCUUGAGCCGGCAACACAUUCAGAAAGCCCUUGACGCCCUUCCUCUGCCUCUGACCCAUAUAGACGACGUGGUGCUCAAGGCCGUCAUUGCGCUUCAGAUAGCCUACUCGAGUCAGGCCAUCUGUUUGGGAUACAACGGGAGAUAUCGACUUUCACAGUACCUCAGGUCGCAGGUUGUAAACGAGGCCUUCUCCAAAGCAUCCUUGAAAUCUCUCCAAGCGCUCUUGAUCAUUGCCAUACUAGACUAUGGUUCAGACAACCUCCCCAGCACAUUCAGCCUGCUUGCUGUCUGCCGCCGCAUGUGCGAAAACAUUGGCCUUUUCCGCAAAUUGUUGAACCAGAUGCAGUUGCAGAGCCCUGCGCAAGUCGGCCCGCCGGCAAUAGGCAGCAAUACCGGAGACGAACUGGCGAUCCCUUUGACCUGGUCCUCGCUCGCCAUGGACGCUGUCUCGACCCUGGGUAUUUCAUGGCGUGACGUGUCGGCUGCGGUGAUGGAGCACCUGUCGAGUGUCACCUAUGUGAGCACACCAGACCUCAGGGACAGCUUCCGCAGUCAUACGCAUCUCGCUGCGAUCGGCCUGCAACCUCUUCAUACCUUUCUAUACGACCAUGAGCAGGGGAGAUAUGACCAAGCAGAGGACCAGGCUUUUGCCACGUGUGACGAAAUCUAUCACAACCUCAUGAACUAUGUCCGUGCCCAGCCAACCACCAGCUAUACAUUGUUGGCAGAUGGGCUGAUUGACUUUGAUCCCAACCUCGUCCUCACCAGCAUUUUGUCCCAUGCGAGUGUCAUUAUCCUCUACGCGCGCGUCCUCGAGGCGGAUGAGGGCACGUGCCACGAGAUUCCACUGCAGCGAUGUCUCCAAGCAUGCGAGGACAUCGUGUUGGCGCUCCGCAGCAUCAGCGACGCGGAUGCCGAACUCAACACACCGCUCCUGGGGACCAUGCUCUUCGUCGCGGCAAGGUUUAAGCUGCUCAUAUAUCGCAAGAUGAACCGGUCGCGGGAACCCAUCUUCGACACGCUCAUGCACGGCAUCAACAUGUGCGGGCGGCGGUGGUCCGUGGCUCGCCGGCAGGAUCUCGUCCUCCGCGCGGCCAUCGUCGAGGUCGACACAGGCAAUGGGUCGGAACUACCCGCGUCUUUUUGGAAUGUGAAGAAGAGUCACUUGGAUAUCUCUGAGGAGCUGAAGGAGUGGGUCGGCGAUCACCAAGAGUCGCUGUGCAUAGGCUCGCUGAAUGGGCCGUAUGUAUGA